CAUUUUUCACUUUUCACUUUUCAUUUUUCACUCAUCCAGAUUUCUCGUGAAACUUUUCACGUAUAGCGAUCAUGUAAUGUAGCUUGAAUGCGUGGAAAGUGAAAUCAGUACAGCACUGCAUAUACGACAAACCGCAAAAUAAUAUAACCUAUAACUUGACAGACAAAAAUAUAAAACAUGAAUGUGACUAUGAAACAAAAGGAAAUGUUGUUAAAUUAUUUAAAAUGCAAUCCCGAAUUAGUGACGGGAAGAAUAGACAGAAAAACCGAGAGUCGAUUACAUUUGGCUAAAUUGUGGGAUGAAAUUGCACAAGGCAUCAAUACAAUUCUCGAAGGUCCUCAAAAAAGUGGUAAAGAAUGGGCAAAGACAUGGAAAGACAUAAAGAGUUAUAUAUUGAAAAAAGAAGCAAAAAGACGCAGUUAUGUGCAAGGGACUGGUGGUGGUCCGCCUUUAAAAAUAGCUUUUUCAAACUUUGAAGAGGAAGUUUUGGAAUUGUUGACACCAGAGGCAGCUGGUAUGGAAAACAUUCCAGAAGGUGGAAUUAACAUGGAAGAAAAUCCUAUUUUAGAACAAACAAUACAAGAUGCGGAAAAUACUGAAACAAUAGAACAAGACGUGCACAUGAUAACUGAGGAAGAUAAUGGAAAUAUAGAAAAUGCUGAAAAUAUACCACCACAUAAUAAUAUAGAGAAACGAAGAAAAGUUAAUACAAAAAUAAAGAAUACUACAGGAGGUAACUUAUGUAAUAAAAAUAAUCUUACAUAUUAAUAUAUGCAAAAUUACUAAUACAUCUUACUAAGGACCAGUUUUAUCAACGUCGGUUAACUGUAACCUUCGGUUAAACUUACUCUUCGCGUCUAUUUCUAAUAUCCAUUUCUAUCAACGCAGGUUAAUUUUAAUCUUGGUUUAACCUACCUGUCAUCUUUUCCUAGUUCUAAAAGUUAGAAAAAGAUAGAAAGUAAGUUAAACCGAGAUUAAAGUUAUUCUACAUUGGUAGAAAUCGGCAUAAGGGAACAGUUAGAAAAAGAUAAAGAGUGAGUUUAACCGAAGGUUACAGUUAAUCAACGUUGGUGUAAUUGGCCCUGAUACAUCUUAAUAAUAAAUUUUUUCAUAGAAUAUUUACUUUAAAAUUAUAGGAAACUCAAUGCAAAAAAUAUCAUAUAACAUGUUAGAACUACAAGAAGUAAAAGUAAAACUAAAAAAAAAGGAAGUAAAACUUAAGAAAAAGGCAUUAAAAGUGCAAAAGAAUAUUUUAUCCGAACUAAUAGAGAUAAAAGCAGCUUUAAAAUCAUGGGCUGCAACUGAGACUAUAAUAUGAAAAAUAGAUUCCAAAAUAUUAAUACAAAUAAGAACUUAAUUGACAUUAAAUAUUUUUUUGCAUAGUUUAGUUUACACAGUUUAAACACGUUCAUAUAGUUUAUGCACGAAAAAAUAUUAAUUUUAUAUUUGAUUUUCUUUAUUUUAUAAUUUUUAUUUUAUUUUGUUUGUUUGAGU